AUGGCUUACUUCUGCUACUAUCAAUGUGACGGCACAGAUGUUUCGCGGGUAUGCCCAACGGAUGGUUGGAGGCCAAACAGCUUACGGGGCACAAACGGCAGUUCUCGAGCUUCCUGGACUGCUGCUGCCGCUCAGCUGGGGGCUCUGAGCGACAAGAUCUGGAGGCCACCGGAGCUGACGUACCAGGAGAAGCGGGUUCAGGCUCAGGGCAACUGCUGGCGGGUGAAGAGUCACUACCAGUUGAAGAUGGCUUUCAGGGCAGAUUGAGGUCCAACAGGAGGCCUCACAGUCAGGUUCCUGAGCGAGGAUGAUGCCCUGCCCGAGAUAAAACAAACCUGUGGCCACAAGCUGACCGCUGAGGUUGGGGUGGCGGCCAGCCUGGCUCUCAAGCUGGUUCUGGAGACGUUGCCUGAUGGAAAAGUUCAGGCAAAUAGUAUGUUGGGUGACGUGGGUCAAGAUUUAGGACCCCAGGGGUGUGUUCGAUUACUGCAAGAGGGUUCCACAGAUUUGGGGAAUGUGUCUUUUGUUCCUGGAUUUCACCCCUACAUAGGACCUUCAGUAUUGAAUCAUACCGAGGAAUACACCACAGCAGCCUGGUCCAAAGAAGCCCAGUUUUAUGCUCUGCGAACAGCAAAGGUUGUGGUAAUGACUGCACGAGUUGUCUUAAAUCCAGACCUGUUGCAGCAGAUGAAGGAAGACUUUAAAAAGAUUAAAUUAUAAAAUGGAAUGAAGAUCACCUGUGGAACUGCAGAGCUUUCUCUCACUGGAUCAGG